GCGGCAUGAUCACUAGCUAGAAUGCUCACCACGGCGGACAGUACUCCUGCUGCAUUUGGCUGUCCAAGGUAAGCAAAACAGACCACGGGACAGAAUGAGUCGGCCGUGAUAAUGCUAGGCAGGGUCAUCUUCUGCGUGGUGAUCGCCGCGGCCGUCCUCGCCGUCGUCCUGCUCGCCACCGUCUCCCCUCUCCCCCACCGGUCCACCGCGCGCCCCCGGGGACUCCGCGACAUCACGGUGUACAUCCAUCCGGCGGCGUCAGGUGCCGCGAGGCAUAAGCAGGGCGCCGCGCACGGAGACGAAGGGGUGGCGAGGGCGCUGGUGUUCCGCCACCGGAUGACGGCGGGGCCGGAGAUCACGUCAGCGGCCGUCGGCGCGGCCUCGGGGUUCGUUCUCCCGGGCGAGCGCGGCUCGGCGAUGUCGGCGUUCGACACGGUGCACCUGGCGUUCGACGCGCCCGGGCUGUCCGGCAGCCUCUGCGUGGAGGUGGCCAGGGACAAGGAGGCGCUCUGUGUGGUGGGCGGCACGGGCGCGUUCGCGUUCGCGCGCGGGCGCGGCGCCGUCCUGCGCCCGGAGCGGGGGAAGCGGCUGGACGGCGGCGGCGCCGGGACGGCGUUGCGUCUUGAGCUGAGCCUGAGCCUGAGCGUCGCGUCCGCUGGCGCUGGGUAACAACGACUAACAGCUGUGCGUACGAGUCUACGUACAAGAUGAGAGCCGAUUAGCGUUCCUUCUUCUUUUCCUUUUUGCUGUUUUUGAUUCCGCGAGAUAUAUAUAUUCCCGGAACUGUAAGCCUGUAAUGCUAAUGCAGCUUUGAGUUGAUUGCGUGAGAGUGAUACGCCAAACAUUGCGUAAUCACUAGUUUGUUUCCCCUAAAAAAGAAGAAGUAUUUUGAGUGGAGACUGGGA